GCCGCGCUGCCUGUUUUGCAUUAUUUACCAAAUCAAACAUUUCAACUAUAAAACCUAAUAACAUCAUUUUUGUUAACCCAAAUUGAGAAAGAUAACAUCGUUGUGGGAAAUUGCAUCGACUUUUACGCUCCUCUGUUAUCGCGAGCAGUGUGUUUAGAGACGCCAUCGUGCUAGUGUCGGUGAUAUUUUCCAUUUAUCUAAAUAAUAAAUUCAACAACAGGUGAUUUACGUGAGGAUAAUUUAUCCUAAACAGGUGCAACAUGUCCGCGGAAAGUAACUCGGAACCACCUACUAAAGAAGUAGAAAACCUGAAACUCGAAAAUGGUUCAGGAGACGCCCCAAAAUCUCCCGUACCUCCAAACAACCCUGGUAGUGUAACCUUUGAAGAAAACUUCAAAGCUUUUGCUAAAUUUGGUGAUCCGAAAUCGGAUGGAAAACUCAUAACUCUUUCAAACAGCGACAAAUGGAUGAAACAAGCCAAAGUUAUAGAUGGUAAAAAAAUUACAACAACAGAUACUGGCAUCUACUUUAAAAAACUCAAGUCGCAAAAAGUCAACAUUACGAGUUAUAAAACAUUUCUGGAGGAUCUAGCCAAGAACAAAAAAAUCGAACUUGAAGAAAUUAAGAAUAAAAUGGCUAGUUGUGGACAACCUGGAGUCCAUGCACUUGGGGCAGGAAAGACUCCAAGUGCUGUUGAUAGAUUAACAGACACAUCGAAAUACACCGGCACUCAUAAACAACGUUUCGAUGAAUCUGGAAAAGGUAAAGGCAUUGCAGGAAGAAAGGAAGUUGUUGACACUUCCGGUUACGUCAGUGGAUAUCAAAAUAAGGAUACUUAUGGGAAACCAGAAUAAAUAUUUAUAAUUUUAUAAAAGCUUGAUAAUUGACAUUAAGUAGUAGUUGUAGGUAUAAUACAGGAUGUCUCUCUUUAAGUGAAAAUACUCGUUAAGGUGCAAAAACUGAUUAAAAGCAUGUUUUUCAAUUUUUCACUUAGAUUGAUUCGUCUAGCACUUCAAUAAAAGUUUGUACAAAUAAUUUAUAAAAACUUUAAUGAAAAAGAGCAUCUUUUGUAAAUUAUUUGUCUCACAUUUGCCAUAUUUACGUCUACAUGUAUUUAAAUAUUAAGAAUAAAAUCCAUAUUUUGUUACAAUAACAUUUUUCAUAUACCUACAUAGAUAUUUUUAAAAAGCUAGAAUUACAUUAAUUUUUUAAUAUAAAUAACUUUUAUUAAUUUGAAAUAUUAUUCUCCAAAGCAAUAAUAACUCCUGGUUUCUAAUUUUAUCAGAGAUUUUAUUGUCGUUUACUGUUUCUUCCGUUUAGAACCAAUAAUAUACGUAUGUUAUACGCUUUAGUAGAAUUUUAUGUGACUAAUUUUGUAAUAUUUUUUUAUGCAAUUAUUUAAGCUUUAUAUUUAAUUUUUUUAAUGGUUUGUAAGCGAGAAAUUUUUUGGAGUAGCUUUGUUUCAGUUUAUUAUUUUUGCCUUAAAUUAUUUUUUUGUUGUUGUAAUUAAUUAUGUAAAUAAUAAAAAUGUUAACAUUUAUAUGUUUAUAUAAACUUGGAACUUUUUUCAUAAAGUUGCGUAAUAUCUUGUGAAAUUAUUAUUAUAUUAUUAAACCUACUUAACAUUUUCUGUGAUGGCUAUAAAUAAGAUUGUGUUUGUUAUGAUUUAUAUAGUUUUAUAAUUAUUACGUUUCCAAAUAAAUAAGUUAUAAAUGACA